ACCACUUUCCAGCACCCGACUCCCCCCAGCUUGCAUCACCCCCAGCUCACUUCAUACAUCCAUCUGGUGGACAUCACUCUGAGCUACUUCCUACCCCCCAGUUUCCUUCUCCUAUCUGUCCAACAUCACUCCCUGAUCACCCACAGACACUGCCACUAAAAUAAAUCCCUCCCCAUACUGCCAACUGUCAUACCCUCUUCGCUCCUCUCCCGUACAUACUGCCCACUGUCCUACCCUCCACGCUCCUCUCCCGUACAUACUACCCAUUGUCAUAUCCUCCACACUCCUCUCCUGUACAUGCUGCCCACUGUCAUACCCUCCACACUCCUCUCCUGUACAUACUACCCACUGUCAUACCCUCCAUGCUCCUCUCCUGUAUAUAUUGCCCACUGUCAUACCCUCCACACUUCUCUCCUGUACAUAAAGCCCACUGUCAUACCCACCACACUCCUCUCCUGUACAUACUGCCCACUGUCAUACUCUCCAAACUCCUCUCCUGUACAUACCGCCCGCUGUCAUACCUUCCAAACUUCUCUCCUGUACAUACUGCCCACUGUCAUACCCUCCACGCUCCUCUCCUGUACAUACUGCCCACUGUCAUACCCUCCACACUCCUCUCCUGUACAUACUGCCCACUGUCAUACUCUCCAAACACUUCUCCUGUACAUA